AAAAUAUCUGACAGGUUGUUAGAUGCUUUAUAUCUGGACAAAAUGAUUAUGAAAAAGUCACUCCUUUAAUUAUCUACUUCGUUCGCCUUUUGUCUCCUCAAUCCUCUGCUACCCACAUUUCUUUAUCUCCUCUCGUCCCUUCAAAAUUUCCUUCUCUCAUUACUUUCCCUUGUAGAGAAGAGAGAGAGAGAGAAUUGUUGCUUUGUGUGAGACUUGGGAGCCAUGGCUUUUGCAGGAACAACACAGAAAUGUAUGGCAUGUGACAAGACUGUUUAUCUGGUGGACAAACUGACUGCAGACAAUCGUAUCUACCACAAAGCUUGCUUCAGAUGUCAUCACUGCAAGGGCACUCUCAAGCUAGGUAACUACAAUUCCUUUGAGGGAGUUCUAUAUUGCAGGCCACACUUUGAUCAGCUCUUCAAAAGAACUGGCAGUCUCGACAAAAGCUUUGAAGGGACACCAAAAAUUGUCAAACCAGAAAAACCUGUAGACAGUGUGAAACCAAUGGCAAACAAAGUCUCAAGUAUGUUUGGUGGAACAAGGGAGAAAUGUUUGGGCUGUAAGAACACUGUUUAUCCAACUGAAAAGGUGUCAGUGAAUGGAACUGCAUACCACAAGAGCUGUUUCAAAUGCAGCCAUGGAGGAUGUGUAAUUAGCCCAUCCAACUACAUUGCACACGAGGGUCGCCUUUACUGCAAACACCACCAAACUCAACUCAUCAAGGAGAAAGGCAACUUGAGCCAACUUGAGGGCGACCAUGAGAAGGAUUCAACAACAGCAAGAGAAGUUGCUGCCGAAUAACAGUCCACCUUUCUAACUUUUCUUAUCUCGUGUUCUUUUCCACCUCGAUAUUGAUAUUGUCCCUUCUACAAUCUACCAUCUUCCUGUAGUUUAAGAAUGGGUUUAUGGUUAUAAGACUGAAAAGAUUUCUCUGUGUUUAAAUUGACGUGUGUGGACCUUGUUUGUUAUUCUUGGGUUGUGUCGUGAAACACUGGAUGUUACCAAUGAGAUUGAAAAGCUUGUUGUCAAUAUAAUGUGGUGAUUUAUGUACUAGGCUACCAGUAUGAUAUUGUGAGUUUGCAGUCGUAUUGAUGAUUAUAGAAAAAAGAAGUGAAAACCCCAUCAUUUCUGUAAGUCCCUCCUUGUUAGAGAUUCUGAGGCUGAGCAAGGAGCUCUGCAGUAUAUUCGUAGAAGCUGGCAAAUUUCACGAAUACUUUGAAAUUUGUAAGAAGUUGGGGUGUUGAAUCAACAUGUUCCAACUUUUUCAUUCGGUUUGUAGUCAUACCGUAUAGUAGAGUGCAAAAUUCCUUUUAAUGGG